AUGCCAAAGACCCCUGUCAAUGAAUGGCCCAGGCAUCAAGAUAAGGCUCAAAACAAAGUCAACGAGGCGGAUUUAGAGCCUCAUAGUUCAUCUCCAACUUUGAGCCCGUCGCGGUCCCCUAUCAGUGACGGAAACACCCUCAAUGGGCACACGUGGGAUCUCCCUCUGCGACCGGCACCGCCACCUCUACAGUAUCACCAACUUGAGCUGAAUCAGCGCCAAAUCCGGAUCUUACGUCUCCUUCCGGGAGAGAGCCAAGACCCUAUCCGUUGCACGUUGGAAACUGCAUUUCUUGCAGAUGAUCCGUCCUACCAGGCUCUGUCAUAUGCGUGGGGCGAUCCUCUUGAUUGUCGGUCCAUCACUGUUGAUGGGAGGACAACCAACGUCACUGUCAACCUCUUUAAUGCCCUUCGCAGGCUACGGUUAUCUGAUGAUGAGCAACGUCUCUGGGUCGAUGCCCUGUGCAUCAAUCAGGCUGACGACGUUGAGAAAUCACACCAGGUCAACCUCAUGAGGGACAUCUACUCUCGUACAACACAAGCUGUCCUCUGGUUGGGCGACUUUGCCGAGGACUCUGAUUCUUCCCGAUUGACCUCCAAAAAGCCAAGAACCAACGAAAACUUAAUUCCCGAGGAAACAGUCAUGGCGGCUUUCACAUUUCUCGAAGUCUUGGCUGCUGAUCACCACUACGACAUCAAGUACGAAGAGCCAGGCCAAGACCUCAUAGGGCAAGGAGUCGCCGCAAUACUUUCCCUUAUCAAGCUUUCUUGGUGGCAUCGUGUGUGGACGGUUCAAGAGGCGGUCCUCCCACCCGAGGCCACGCUCAUGUGUGGCACCCUGGAGCUUCCGUUUUCCAUGCUUGCGCAGGUACGAAAGAACGGUUACAGGCAUCGACAUAAAGGCUGCUGCGGCUCUUUUGGCCACUUCAAGGAUCUUUAUGCCCAAAUUCGCGGUCUUAACUACAUUAAGCGGUCUUCUAAAACACCGGCUCUGAUGCCGCUUGCUCUCAACCUUUUCCGAUCACGACAAGCAUCCGACCCGAGGGAUCGAGUGAAUGCCUUUCUCGGCCUAGGAAGCAGCAUCACAGCUGAUUAUUCAUCAUCCUUCGAAGAUAUCUAUAGACGCUCAACUCGGUCUUUGAUCGAUGAAUGCGGCAGCCUUAGCCCGUUACUGAGAAUCCCCGAGACGGAACGAAACCCUGCCCUACCGACAUGGGUUCCUGAUUGGUGUAACGGUGGUGUCCGUAGCCGUCACUCGGAGAUUAUCUGGAUACGAGUCUUUCGCCAAUUCUCCGCAGCAGGCUCCCUACAGCCUUUGAUGAGGGCCAUGGCCUCGGAUAAAAUACUCAGUCUCCGAGGACUCGUGCUAGACCGUGUUACAUAUGUCGGAAGAACUCUCAAGAACAGGUACAGGCUAAUGGAUAUUGUCAGUCAGUGGCAAGAUCCAAGAUAUUACUCCGAUGCCUUCAACAGUCAGGAAUACCCUCGGGGUGGGACAUAUGAACAAGCCUCCCACCGCGCGCUCCUUGGUGAUCUCGAGCCGCUUGCCGAUGAUGGAAAACCCGGUCGCCAUAGAUUUCAGUCCGACGAAAAUGCAGAGGCAUCAGCUCAAAGGCUCUUGGCUUCUACUGAAGAUCCGGCGAAUUCGGUUAUCCAUAACAGAAAGGGUAUCAUCACAGAGUCAGGCAUGAUUGGGCUUUCAAAUCCGGGUGUCAGGGCUGGAGAUAUUGUGUGCGUCUUGUUGGGAGGCAAGAUGCCGUUCAUCUUGCGUCGGAAGGAAUCACCUGGCGAAGAAGAAGAGGUGUUUUAUGAGAUAAAUGAUGCGCAAUGGUCUCCAUUUUCUUAUCCAAGGAUCUCUGUCAAGGUUCAAGCUAGAGCCGCUGGCUAA